CCGGCCCACAUACGUUCACACUACUUGUCUGUUUACGUGUAUUUACUUAAAUUGAGAUUUAGUUUUAUUUACCUCUGGAAUCAUAUUUAAAAUGACAAACCUACAACGCUGGCUAUUCUACGCCUCGCUCUUUGCGGUGCCCUAUCUGGCCAUUGUCAUGGGAACGGUGCAAACGGCAUUUACCACGAAGUAUUUCCUGCACAUUCAACUGCUCCCCUUGCUGCUACUCGUGAUUUUUGGCAUCUUUUCUGCGUGGACAGUCCUGUAUCGCACUUUCACCUUCAACGACUGCCCCGAGGCCGCCAAGGAGCUGCAGGCUGAGAUACUGGAGGCACGCAAGGAUUUGAUCGCCAAGGGAUUUCGGUUUCGCGACUAAGGUGGUUCCCAACUCCCCAGGACUUGUGCAUGUUAAUCUGUAAUUCCAUUAUUUAUAAAAAGUUACGCAAAUGUA